UAUUUCAAGCGGACGGGUAGCCCACUGGUUGACACUCAAUACUCCUUAACUGUAGCAUGUAAAAAUGAUGAACAGAUUAAAGAUACCAGGACUGUGACCGUGGAUGUUACCCAAAAUAAUCCUCCAACUGUUAGCUCCAAAUACAGUGGAACUGUUGAUGUGCCUACAUCAACACCAGGAUCAACAAUAUAUACUUUACUGGCUACAGAUCAAGACGGCGAUGCUCUAACUUAUAGUCUUGUAAAUUCGGUAGCUGGUUUCAGCAUAGAUUCCAAUAAUGGUAACAUCAUAACAUCCAACGAUCUGAGAUUAUCAGAUGAUGAAACAGUUGUCAUGGAUAUCAAAGUCUCUGAUGGUAGCCCUGCUGCUGACGUCACUACAGAAUUAACCCUUACAAUGACAAAUUUUAACAAUAAACCCGUAAUUACCAACAUGCAGACUGUGAGCGUCCCAGAGAAUACGCCAAGUGGUAGUGAGAUUUUUAAAUGCAUAACACAGGAUACGACAGUUUAUGACGAAUUGAGUUAUUCAGCUGUUUUUACACCGGCUACGGCUACAACUAUCUUAGAUUUUGACACCUCUACUUGUGCUUUUACGAUCAAAGAUGGACAGCAAUUCGAUUUUGAGAAAAUAUCCAGCUACUCUAUUAAAAUAACUGUUAAUGAUGGGUUUAAAUCGGACGAAUUCACCAUUCCUAUCAGUAUUAUUGACGAAAACGAUCCACCCAAAUUUACAAAAAGAACUUAUUCCAAAAACGUAGAGGAGGGCGAUAUUGGAUCUAUUACGUUCGAUCCUGCUUUUGAAGCGUCAGAUCCAGAAAAUGAUCAACUUUCUUAUGAAAUUGUCAACUCGUCAAAGCCCGGUAUGUUUUCAGUUCAGAACCAAUUAACUGGAGAGAUAUCCAAUAAUGUUGCUAUUGAUUAUGAAACACUAACUGCAGUUGAUGAUAAUCCUAUUAAAUUGAUUAUACGAGUGAGGGAUGCAACUAGUGGUGAAGAUACAGCGACAGUACUGGUUAGAAUAACUGACAAAAAUGACGAGACACCGGAAUUUGCUUCAUCUUCGAAUUCCUUUAAUAUUUCAACGUCAACAGCAGCAGGUUCCAAACUAUUAACUGUUAAAGCAAUUGAUAAAGACUCACCACCAAAUGCUAUGAUUACAUAUAGUUUAAAAUCGGAGUCACCCGAUGCAGCUGAUCACUUUGAUGUUUUAACUAAUGGCGAUGUGUUGUUAAAGAAAGCUGUUACUGCUCCAUACAACGGUAAUUUCAGGGCAGAAAUAUUGGCUACGGAUCUAGGUGGUUUGAGUAGUACAAUUACCAUCGAAGGCGUAUGGAAUAAAGCUCCUAAGAUACUAGGUCUACCGGCUACAGCUGCCACUUCCAAAGAUCAGACGACAUCAAAGGAUGUUUUUACCUUCAAAACUGAAGAUGUGGAAAAUGAUGAAGUAACUUGUACCAUACCAAGUGUUGUUCCAACGACACCUACUUUAGACCAAACUAAACUUACCAAUGCAUUUUCUGUCAGUGGGUCAGCUACCCCAGGAGAAUUCAAUGUAAGAUAUCGAGGAUCAUCCUUCUAUGAAUUAGAUGGCGAGCACUUCGAAAUAAAUUUAGAAUGUGCAGAUGGUAAUGGAGGUUCAGAUACAGGUAUACUUGAACUAGAAGUCGCACCAAAUAAACAACCCACAGCUAAAUGUAGUCCAACAGCUUCAAUCACAAUCAGUGCAUUAAACAAUGCAAUUGAUGCCGUGGUCUAUGACCUAGUUAUUAAUGACCCAGAAAAUGACCCACUACAAAUUACGUUUAGUUCAUACCCUGAGAAUGGUUUCUAUCGCUUUGAUUCAGAUACGGGUACUGUUAAGGUUAAGAAAGAUUUAAGACUAGAAUCGACAGAUUCUUACCAGUGGAAUUUGACAAUCUUUGAUGGUAACCACAAAGUACUAGAUGGUUCCAAAACAGUAUUUGUUCCAGUGCAGUGUUAUAUAGAUGUUACAGUUUCAGAUCUGAAUGUGGCGCCAACUUUUGCCAAAGCAAAUAACACGAUCGCAUUACCAGAAGAUACAGAACCAGGAACAGUUCUACAUACAUUUGAUGUAACUGAUGGUGAAAAUACAACUAUCAAAUGUGAUAUCACUCCACAAACAGAGGUUCCGCUAUUUGAAUUAGAUAAAAAGCUGAAGACUAUAACGUUAGCUCCGGGUAAAUCGUUUGACUUUGAAGGACCAUACAAGUUAUAUAGUUUUAUAUGUGUGGCAACUGAUGGUUAUUUAUCUGCUACUGGUAGUUUAACUAUAAGUAUAACAGAUACCAAUGAUAAACCUUAUUUCGUUAAACCACUUUAUACUGUUACUGUUGAUGAAGGACAGGUCGGGGCUGUUAAGGCAAAACCAGAUUUCCAAUACGAAGACGAAGAAAAAGCCACACAGACUUAUACUUACUCGCUAAACUAUACUGAAGAAGAUGCUUCAUUCUUUGAUAUCAACCCAACAACUGGAGAAAUCACUAACAUUAAAGAAAUUGAUGUGGAUGCAGCUGCUGCGAAGACUAUGCUCAGUUUUACUGUGAAGAUCACCGACAGUCUAGGUGGCUUUGGGACAACUCAGUUGGACAUAAACCUUCGCGACAUCAAUGAUUUUACUCCGGAACUUGAUCCGACAGUUUAUGAGUAUGAAUUAUAUGAACUUCUGACGGUUGGACAAACGAUACCAGUCAAAGGCGGUGCAGCGGUGACAGCUACUGACAAGGACAAAGAAGACAUCAAUAAAAAUAUUGUCUACAGUCUUGAUUCCGCUAAUGAAUAUUUUGACAUGUCACCAACUGGUGAACUUAGGUUAUUAAAAUCCUUAAACGGCCACUACAACACACAGUUUAAUUUGAAGGUGAAGGCCACAGAUACGGGAAUUAACCCAGGACCUCUAUCUAGUACUGCUCCUAUUAUAUUUACAUGGAAUCAACCACUAGAACUAGCAGGUCUAGAUGAUGUGGGAAAGUGGAAAGAAGAUGACGUUGUUGCGGGGAAGGUACCGAACUCUGACAUUACACUUACAGAUGCUGAUACAGCAGAUAAAGCAUUACUGGAAUGUGUUACUGAUAACGUAAACCCAAACACCGAGGCUUUUGAAGUCAGAAAAGAAGCAGAUGCAAGCUACGCUGUAUAUUACAAUGGUAGACAGAAGUUAGAUUAUCGUUCUAUAUCAAAGUAUACUGUAACUGUUAGAUGUAUAGACAGAUAUGGCGGUGGGUCCGUUGUUAAAACUUUUAAUAUUGAUGUUGAGAAGAACAAGGAUCCUAAACCUUCUUGUCUGCCUUCGGCAACUCUAUCAGCUGACGCUAAAGCACUAACAAAAGCUGGUGAAGUGAUAAAUACAAUCACUGUUGACGAUGAAGAUUCUAGCUCUCAUACUUUCAAUUUACUGAGUAACCCUCCAAAUGGUGCCGCUCCGGCUUUUCGAGUUGGUAGAUUUGAUGGUAAAAUAACAACGACUAUGAAUUUGGGAUUUGUUGAUCGUGAACCCGUCAGAGAACUGCUUGUACAAGUCGCAGAUAAUCAUCAAAAUUCAGUCACUUGUACUAUAGUGGUUAAUAUACAGAAUAUGAAUGAACCACCAAAGUUCGUUAAUAUACCAACUACUAAAGAUAUUGAAGAGACCGCAAAAAUUGGUGACGAAAUCUUGAAAGUGACACUCACUGAUGAAGUAUGUGGUGAUGAUCUUGAUCUCACGUGGACCGUACAACCCUCUGGCAACCGCGAUUUCUUUACUGUAGAAAUUCCGGAUACUGGAAAAGAAGCUACUGUGAAAGUGGCUAAAGAAUUGGACCACGAAACAGAACCAACACAAUAUCGGAUUACAUUCAGAGCUAGAGAUGGUUGUUUAGCUGAAAAUUCUCAAGUUUUAACAGUGAAUGUAAAAGAUGUCAAUGAACCACCCACAUUUAGUAAAGGAGAUAAAUAUUUUGCUAAUAUUUCAGAGGUUGAAACCGGUAUAAUAGAUUUGGACUGCCGAGGUAUUGAUCCGGAUGAGGGGGAAGAACUUACUCUAGAAUUAAAAGGACCACAGGCUAAAUAUUUCAAAGUUAUUGAUGCGGCCAAGUGUCAGAUACAGUUAGUCGGUGAAUAUCCUUUAGAUAAGCCCGACAACGUCGACGGAAAGAAUAUUGAACUGGAGAUGAUCCUGAAAGAUAAGGCUGGAUCAGGUACGCCUCCAGAUGAUCCUACGUCAACUGCAACCGCAACCGCUACCAUAAAUAUUUGGGAUUACAACGACAACACUCCUCUCUUUGAUCAGGCUGCUUACACAGGUACUGAUAUCGUAGCGGGAGAUCCCGUCGGAAAGGUUCUCGGAACGGUGGCUGCUACAGAUAAAGAUUUUGAGGAAAAGACCAAUGGGAGAAUUGAAUAUUAUUUACGAAGCUGCACAAAUGGUGGCGAUCCUUAUAUAGGAGUACUGGGUGAUGGAACCAUUGAAUUAAAACAAGAUUUGGCAACGAGCGGGAUCCCUUACGGCACUAUCUUCAGCUGCAGCGUAGAAGCUAGAGACAAGGGAAUUUAUCCUGGGACUUUAUCUUCAACAGCUCGUUUUGACGUUGUUUAUCAAGAACCACCUGAAGUUGUGAACACUAUUAUAGUCCCCGUUACUCAAGAUCCUGGAACAGAUACUGGAGCAGGCGCCGGAGCAGGAGCAGGCGCCGGAGCAGGAGCAGGCGCAAGUGCGAGUGCUUCGUCGAGUUCAGAAGAUUUCCUGAAUUCGCCAGCAGCUAUAGCUGUACUAAGUGUACUUGGAGUAGCAUUGUUUGCCCUUCUGUUGGCCCUUUUGUUGUUCCUGUGCUGUCGGUUCUGUUUGGGGAACUGUGGAGGCGGUGGAUCAGGCACGUGCUGCAACAAUGGAAGUGAUAUUGCCGGAGGAGAUUACUACUCAUCACGACCAGGUAGUGGAGGUCACAACAGUGUUCGACCCUCACCGGUCAUGCAUCCUUAAAACCAAUUAUAAUACAAUAGUGUGUAUUCAGAGACUAGCUGAUUACCAUAAUAUAUACCAUGGCGAUUCUACGUUAAAGAUAUUACUUUCUACACAAUUACAAUAUAGAUGAACGCCGUGUUGUACAAAUAAGUUGUGAUUAAUAAGGUUACGACAAAAUCGGCGCAAAAAAAACCAACAGAACAGAACAAAAUUCGCAAACCCGGUGUUGUAGUUUGACUCAGUUCUCUGUUUGUUUCGGCACUUUACAUUUUCUUCUUUUUUUUACAAAUAUUGAACUUAACCUAAACAUUUUUGGCUACAAAUAUUGACCAUAACUUUGAUUAUAAAAGGUUAUAAAACAAAGAGUAUAUCUGGGUUGUUGAAAAGCACUGAAUUGCACAGGAACAAUAGAAAAUAACUGGACGAAUCAAUUGUAGUCUGUAUAAAAAUAGGAACCAUAGUGUUAUGAUAAAGAAAACUUAACAGAUGUAUAUCUGCCAAACUGGAGACCCUUGCAAUGAGUCGACUCUUAGAGAUACAGAGUCAACUCAGGCUACCGGUUGAAACCAGAUGGAGCCAUUUUCUGGUUAAUGUGAAUACUCCCUGCAGGGGCGGAUCCAGGCCCCCCCCCCCCGCUCAGCUACAUAAUUUUUUUUGUAAAUCAAAACUUUUUAUGAGAAAUGUUUCUCGGCCGUGUGCUUUAUCCUUUAUCGUCAGAUAUGGGACAGGCAGGAUGGGCACUCAAAGCACGAGAUAAUGAUAUAGACAUUAUGUGAUAUCACAAUUAAUGCUUUGCAUCCAUGAAAUUGAAUCACAAUGUCAUUGUAUUAAUUCAUAAUAAAAAUUGACGUCAAACGAGGUUUUGAAUUUCUCUGUUAAAAAGCUCAAUGUGUAUGUAUAUACGCCAAAAUGACGAUAGAGACCAUGCGGGAGGGGGGGGGGGGUACAUUGUCUCAGGAACCUGGCAAACCCCCACCUGCAAAAAUUCCUGGAUCCGCCCCUGCCCUGGAUAUAUUAUUUCAUGUAAAAAUAGCUGUUACAGUUUCAAUCGCCAUUUUAAACAGUAUUAUUUAUUCAAAAGGAGGUGAUAAUAUUUUCUAAUAGGUAUUUUGUUUCUCACUAGAUUAAAUAUUUAGAAUUAAAAAUGGAUUAAUUAUUUGCUUUUUUAGUUGAUUAAAUUUGCUUUUUUUAAUACGAGACGUCGAUUGUGUGAUACCAAAAAGAAACAAAUUCUAUCAAAAUCUGUUAAUAUUAAAUAUUAUUUAAUUAUUUUUAUAUUAAUCUGAUUGUGCAAUUAUUAUUUUUCUUAAUUGAUAUAUAAAUUCUUCAUUAUUUUUCUGUGAUCGAUAUUCCACGAAUGCCAAAUUUGUACAAAAAUUAUAACUAUUACUAUUCUGUACAUCUCAGAGAUUAAUUUUUCAUUAUUAAUGUAUGUGAUGAGCUGUUCCAUGAUUGCCAAAUUUGUUCAGAAUUUUCGUAUUCCUCUUUUAGUAACUUAUUUAGAAAUAAAAUUUGAUUACACUGAUGCAAAAGGUGAACACAUCGAAUUAAAAGAUUUUUGGGUAUUAUUUCAAAUUAAACCUACAUUAUGGAAGCGCUAAAUCUGUCUAUUGCAGGUCUUUCUUUAGGCCUGAAAUGUUAUCUAAAUUAUUAAUUAGACAUUAAUUACCUUAUUCAGACCAUAAUCAACUCUAGAUGGCAUUGCUAGCCUGCGAUCUUUAGUGGAUUGUGAGCCGAUUUACUGCCUAACUUUCCUUCACGAUUUAAGGAGUUAGUUUCUCCAGAUUCUGUGGUAUAAAAUUUAUAAUACAGUAUGUCUAUUUUGGUACUCCACGCUUUUAACUGUCACAUAAGAUUAUAUCAUUUGGAUUUAUAUGAGAAACUUAUCCUUACGGUGAAAACACCGAUUGUCUUUUCGUGUGGUGUCUAAGGUUCGAGAAUUCAUCUGUACUUACACUCAAUGAUGAACUAUUACUUAGUAUUGAAAAUUUAACAAAUAGAUGGAAGUACGAAUUAUACUGAAUGAAAUGGGGGUUUAACAUACUACUUUUCUGCACCCAAUCUGUUUCACAGAGAAUUACGAGUCUAGUAAUAUCUCUGUCAAAGAUGACUACCUUAACACGUGCCGCCACAGCACGCGGCGUCAAUCAUUGGCUGAAUGGCGCGUGCAUUGUUUACAUAAGACAUUACUGCUUCGGGCAGAAUGCUGCCUUUUAGUCAUUUUAAUACCCAUUUACACUAAAUAGGAAAUAAUCUUUACCUACAAAUACUUCAAACGGCUUUAUUUUUCCAAUACAUAAAAAAAAUGUUUUAGAAUUUAAUUUGUCGCAGGAAAAAAGUUAAUAUUUCUGGCUCAUUAAGUCGCAUUGAUGUCAUCCUUAUCAGUGAUUGUAGAGGCCUAGCGAAAAUUCACUGCUGAUCAGUGUGUUCUGCACCAAGCUGGCUAAAGGCCAGGGGCAUUUGCACCAUGCUAUGAGGGACGUUUAGUCCGAACAGCAGCCUACUCUUAUUUCUAAUUUCAAUUGUCACAGGUUCUUUCAUCCCUUUCUUAUUUUGAGCCUAAUUAAAUAAAUGUGUUUUAA